AUGUCCUCCCCGACUGGAACAGAAGAUGAAGAUGAGGUGGAGUUUGUGUCAGUAAGUGAUUUGUAAUUUGCAGGAACAAAGGUUCAAAGGUUUCUCUACUAUGUUGUCAUUGCGUCAUUCCAUGUAAUUUCAGCAAGCCAUGACACCCACUAUCAUCUCAUAUUGUUCUGAAAUCGUUUCUGUAGUUAGAUAAGAUUAGCUAGCAUUCCUGCAACAUUAUUUUGUUUAAAUAUAAUCUCUGAGUUUAUUGAUUUCACCCAAAUUGGCCAUUUUAAUUUAUAGGAUUCAUAUAAUAUUUAAUAAAUAUAGUACCUAACAUCUGAUUUGGACCAAACGUUUUUUUCUAACAAUGAGUAAGACAUGAGGAAUCCAAAUACAUUUUUAAAAUCCACCCACGGACCCCCCACGCCAAUUCCAACCCAACAGUGCUUUCAGAAAGUAUUCACACCCCUUGACCUUUUUCACAUUUUGUUGUUACAGAUGGAAUUUAAAAACCUCUUAGAUGGGGAUCCAUAAUAAAUACAAUAACCUAAAACACAAGGCCAAAUCUACACUGGAGUUGCUUACCAAGAAGAUAGUGAAUGAAUAAUAAUGGGCAAAUGUUGCACAAUCCAAGUGCAAAAAGCUCUUAGAGACUUACCCAUAAAGACUCACAGCUGUAAUCGCUGCCAAAGGUGAUUCUAACAUGUAUUGACUCAGGGGGUUGAAUACUUAUCUAAUCAAGAGAUAUUAGUGUUUUAUUUUUCAUAAAUGUUUAACAAAUGUUAGAAUUUUUGUUCCACUUUGACAGAGUAUUUUGUUUAGAUCGUUGACAAAAAAAUGACAAUUAAAUCAAUUUUAAUCCCACUUCGUAACAACAAAAUGUGGAAAAAGUCAAGGGGUGUGAAUACUUUCUGAAGUCACUGCACAGUAUCAGUUCUCUAUGUCUGACAAGUAGUAUAGAGCUGCGGCUCGGAGUACUGUUUCUUCAUCCAAUUAGCAAUUGAAGUUGUUCGGUUCAGGUCCCAUCCUACAUCCUGAUAUUACCAGGUUCUGACCACUAGAUGGUGCUGUUCCUGCUAUUAGGUGAAUUUAUUUUUAAAGGUAUAGUUCACCCAAAUUACAAAAUGACAUUGUUUGACAGGACACAACAGUUCACCUGACACAAGACUGAAUCCAAACAUUACACUGUUAAUUUUAUGUGCAUUUGACAUUUACUGUACUUUUUGCCGCAUUUGUUGAUAGCCGUGUUCCGCAGCAAAUUUUCUUCACAAUAGACAAACAUAGGUUAAUUAUUUUCAGAACAACCCAGGGUAUGACGCCAUGUCAUCUAGUAAAUGUACAUCAAACAUAGUGAUCAUAAAUGUUGACACUGUAUAUGACAUGAGUUUUAUGAUAUGGAAAUGUGAAGUGCACAUUUGGACUCACAGGUGUUUGGCUUGCUUGUAUGACAUCAAAGUGGUAUUUAUUAUAAUCCUCAGUCUCAUCUUUCAAAAUACAUUGAGUCCUUUUAAUUUACAGAAUUUUCCUCACUCAGACAACCAAAAAUGUGCAAAAGUUGCCCAAUUAGCAGGAGGGAUGUGGGCAGCUUCUUGUCGCGUACAGUGUUCAAGUUCAGAAAGGCUGUCAGUCAAAACCCAUAUAGAGCUAUGAAGCGCAGAGCCUGAGCUCUGAUGUAAUUUAUAGCAUGUUACUGUACAGCAACUGUGUUCCAAUUUAGGUUUUAUCAGUUUUCAAAUCUGCCAUUUUCAACCCAUAUAGGGGUACGAGUGUAAAGGGCUACAAAUGUUCAUCCUAUGCAUUAGUUGAAUUGAAAUUGACCCAAAUUUGGGAUGGUUUGAGUCAGAUUAGGCCAUCUACUACAGUUCCCAUAUUCUUAUACAACUGUCCCAUAUUCUUAUACAAAAAUGUGACACUUUCAGACAGUGUCUAAGUGAGUCAACAGUGUCUUAAAGACCGUAUCAGACAGUGUCUCAUCCAUUGAACUAUCUCAUUUCAGGAGGCUCCACUCAGACCUGUACUGGAGUGUAUUGAUUUACUGAGUGAGGGCGAAGACGACGGAAGUUUACCAAUGGCAGAGACAGUGAGUGUGUCAAGUGAAAGAUAAGAAAUUAAAUCCAAACAGUAAUGACAUAUGGAAAGGUUAUUGGAAGACCAGUUAAAAAAGUAAAAUGUUAUUGUUAUGUAAGUAGUACGUUCUGUUCACCUUUUAUUAAUUUUUUGAUUGUGAAGACUGAAGAUGAGAUUGAGCGACAGAAGGCUCAGGUCACCUCCACUCUGGACAGACUGGCUCAGCAAUUGGCUGUGGAGAAAAAGGAAAGAUCAGAGAAGUGUAAAGCCUUCAAGGUAAGGACACUUCAAGCUGGUAAGACAUUCAUAUUAGCCAUUUGAAGCUUGUUGUGCAUUUGUCUUUUGUGGGUUCUAUUGUCUCUUUGCACAGUUCUUAAUAUUGGUCCUGUCUCUGCUCUCAUUAUUUCAGGAGAAGCAAAUCUCACAAAAGGCUAAUGGGCGGCAGGAGCUGGCAUUUAGUCCCAAUGGACACGCAUAUGAUGCCAAGCGCUGUGUGGACAUGUGGUUAAAGAUGCCAGGUAAUGUAUUUUUUGUACUAGAGUUCUGGACCCGUAUUUAUAAAAUGUCUCAGCGUAGAAAUGCUGAUCUAGGAUCUAAACUGAUCAGCACGCUUAUUCCGAGACAUUUAAUGAACGGCCUCAACUAGCACACAUGAAGUUUCAUUUAAUUUGUUAGAAAAGCAGCAUCUCAGUCUUACCAUUGUCUGUUCUCAGGUGUGAAACCUGGGGUCAUCAAUACAGGAGAUAGCUGGAGACGCAGACAGGUCCCCUUUCCUACCAGUAGCUCAUCCACACAUGCCUGUCCAGUGAUCAGCUGUGGUCGGGUUUAUGACAACGUGCCUCUCCUGGAAGGCCACUUGAAAAGGUUAGAUAAUAUGAGAUUUAUAUUUCUGUAACAAUUAUACAUAAUAAACAACCAACUUUUAUUUUAGUCACGAGUUGCCCUGAGAAAGCCUUUUUUUUGUGUUUGCAGGUUUGACCACUCUCCUUGUGACCCGACCAUCUACCUGAAAGGAAGCACAACUGAGCGGUUUGCCUGUGUUGCCUGUGGUCUGCAUUUUGAAACCAAAGAGGCUUGGAGGGUGCAUCAGCAGUCAAUGGUUGGUUGUGCCUGUAAAAUCAACCACUGUUGUUAGAAGAUGACAGCACUUUCAAUUGUGUUCAGUCACAUGUCAUUCAAAUGUGCUCUAUGCAAGAAUUCUGCCUGCCAAUAUUCCUAACGUAAAGGAAUCAAAUACCAUGAGGGAAAGAUUUAAUUUCUGAGUGCCGUUUGAAACUAUAAAGUAGCUUUUUACCUGCAAGUAGUCCGUCUGGCCGAUCACCUUCAAACAGUAGUGCCUUCCUGUUUCACAAUUGGAGGUUGAAAACUAAACAACGUAACAAUACUUCACAUUCCUGCAACAGCUUUUGUUAUUGGAUGGAGGAACUGGAUGUCCAUCUCUACCAAAGCAGUAGAGGGCAGUAUUUAGCUGUGAUAUACACUUGGUGGCACUAGAUACCAAUGAGGAAGAUACAUUAUUUGGGGAUUGUUGCCAUACUAUUAUGUCUCUUAAAAUUAAUACUUUAAUAUCCUUGUUUAAGUUUUCAACCACAGAUAUUGCGUACACAUUUCAAUCCAGCUAAAAAAGUAUUAACUUUUAUUGUGUGGGGAUUAUUUUAUUUUUGUUUAGCUGUCCUCCUCUCCUAAUGAAGACCAUGACCACAGUCAGACCUGCCAGUCCAUCGUCUGCUUCGCCUGCCCUGCCUGCUACCUCCUGUUCUACACCAGGGACGAGUGCCUCCAUCACAUGUCGGCUAAAAACCACUUCUCUCAGUCCAUCAUCAUGAGUGGUAAGCCUUAA